CAGGCCUGGAGGGGGGCUCAGGGUCAGUAAAAAGGACUUCAGGGCCCAGAAACAUGGAAACUUGGGUCCCUGAGUCCAGGGGAGAAAUCCUACAGAGGUAGGGUGCUUGGGGCUGUCUCUUUCUCUCUUUGUCCAGAGUCUUAUGUAAGUGCUUUUCUCGGGAAACAGGAAGUCUUGCUUGCCAAGUUCAGCACAGGGAGUAGUGCAGGCCUUAUUCCAACACACCCGGCCUGGCCUUAACCUCAGAGCAGUUUCUUGCUUCCUCGACCCUGGCUCUCCUCCCCACCGACCCCCCGCUUCCUUUCCUACCCUCGGUCACUCUUAGCAAACUUCCCCAGUGAUCUCUCUCCCUGGCUGGAGCCAGAGGGUCUUCUACCCUCAUCCCUUGACGCUCAACACCAUCCUGCUUGUCUCUCCAUCCCUGUUCCUGGCACUAUACCCCAGAGCCAGCCAACCUUCCCUCCCCCACUUCUGGGGCCGCCCCAGGGUUCUUGUGCUCUGGCCGCUCCUUCUGGGUGUCACUGGAAGCUCUGUCCUUCCUAGAGAGACUGACAUCAAAUCCUCUAGAGGUUGGAAGAAGGGGUGUGCGUGUGUGUGUGUACGGGGAGGGGGGAGCUUGAGACAACACUGGUCCCAGAACAGGGUGCCAGGAGCACCCUCAGUGCCCCUAGCUUGCCUUUCUCCUCUCUCUUUUUAUUCUCAAGUUCCUUUUUAUUUCUCCCUUGCGUAACACCCUUCUUCCCUUCUGUACCACUGCCUGCGCCCCCACACUCCCUAUCACCUUGCCAUCCUGAGGCCACACUCCUGAGGCCACAGCAACUGGCAGGGUCUUCAGCUCAUGCCAGCCUCACCUCCUUCCUUGCUAGUCCCUAAAGGGACCCCGGGAGACAUGGGGGCCCCGGUCCGGGAGCCAGCACUCUCAGUUGCCCUCUGGUUGAGUUGGGGGGCAGCUUUGGGGGCUGUGGCUUGUGCCAUGGCUCUGCUGACCCAACAAACAGAGCUGCAAACCUUAAGGAAAGAGGUGAUCCGGCUGCAGAGGACUGGCAGGCCCUCGGAGAUGGGGGAAGGGUAUACAUGGCCGAGCCUCCAGGAGCAGCAGAGCUCUGAUGCCCUGGAAGCCUGGGAAAAUGGGGAGAGAUCCCGAAGAAGGAGAGCAGUGCUCACCCAUAAACAGAAGAAGAAGCACUCAGUUCUGCACCUUGUUCCUAUUAACAUCACCUCCAAGGAGGACCUGGAUGUGACAGAGGUGAUGUGGCAACCAGCUCUCAGGCAUGGGAGAGGCCUGGAGGCCCAAGGAUAUGUUGUUCGAGUCUGUGAUGCUGGAAUUUAUCUGCUGUACAGCCAGGUCCUGUUUCAUGAUGUGACUUUCACCAUGGGUCAGGUGGUGUCUCGAGAGGGCCAGGGAAGGCAGGAGACGCUAUUCCGAUGUAUACGAAGUAUGCCCUCCAAUCCAGACUGGGCCUACAAUACCUGCUACAGUGCAGGCGACUGGAAGAUGAAAGAGACUUUACAAGGGACCGGGUCUUGGGGGCCUGAGCCUUCUGGACCGGGUAUAGCCCCAGUUUAUUCAAGCCCCAGGCGAGAACGUCUUCGAUGGCCCCCACCCCCCAAGCCCCGACUCAAAUCUGGUGGAGGGUUUGGGCCAGAUCCUGGGUCAGGGACCACAGUGCCAGCCAGACGCCUCCCUGUCCCUCGGCCCUCUUUUGAUGCUUCAGCUAGUGAAGAGGAGGAAGAAGAAGAGGAGGAGGAGGAUGAAGAUGAGGAAGAGGAAGUGGCAGCUUGGAGGCUGCCUCCCAGAUGGGGUCAGCUGGGGACCUCCCAGCGGUCUCGCCCACCUCGCUCUACUCAUCGAAAAGCCUGCUCACAGCGUCGCCGCAGAGCUAUGAGAGCCUUCCAAAUGCUGCUCUACUCAAAAAGCACCUCGCUGACAUUCCACUGGAAGCUUUGGGGGCGCCACCGGGGCCGGCGGCGGGGCCUUACACACCCCAAGAACCAUCUUUCACCCCAGGAAGGGGGUGCGACACCACAGGUGCCAUCCCCAUGCUGUCGUUUUGACUCCCCCCGGGGGCCACCUCCGCCCCGGCUGGGUCUGCUAGGUGCUCUCAUGGCUGAGGAUGGGGUGAGAGGGUCUCCACCAGUGCCCUCUGGGCCCCCCAUGGAGGAAGAUGGAUUAAGAUGGACUCCAAAGUCUCCUCUGGACACUGAUUCGGGCCUCCUCUCGUGUACUCUUCCCAAUGGCUUUGGGGGACCACCUGGUCCUGAAGGGGAGCGCAGUCUGGCACCCCCUGAUGCCAGCAUCCUCAUCAGCAAUGUGUGUAGCAUCGGGGACCAUGUGGCCCAGGAACUUUUUCAAGGCUCAGAUUUGGGCACUACAGAGGAGGCAGAGCGGCCUGGGGAGAAAGCAGGCCAGCACAGCCCCCUGCGGGAGGAACAUGUGACCUGCGUGCAGAGCAUUUUGGAUGAAUUCCUUCAAACUUAUGGCAGCCUCAUCCCCCUCAGCACUGAUGAGGUAGUAGAGAAAUUGGAGGACAUUUUCCAGCAGGAGUUCUCUACGCCUUCCAGGGAUGUACUUGGGGAGAAGGAGGAAGCUAGAGCUGAAGGGGAGGAGUCUGCAAGGAAGGGCCUUGUGCUGCAGCUGAUUCAGUCAUACCAACGGAUGCCAGGCAAUGCCAUGGUGAGGGGUUUCCGAGUGGCCUAUAAGCGGCAUGUGCUGACCAUGGAUGACUUGGGGACCUUGUAUGGACAGAACUGGCUGAAUGACCAGGUGAUGAACAUGUAUGGAGACCUGGUUAUGGACACAGUCCCUGAAAAGGUGCAUUUCUUCAACAGUUUCUUCUAUGAUAAACUCCGUACCAAGGGUUAUGAUGGGGUGAAAAGGUGGACCAAAAAUGUGGACAUCUUCAAUAAGGAGCUACUGCUAAUUCCCAUCCACCUGGAGGUACAUUGGUCCCUCAUCUCUGUUGAUGUGAGGCGACGUACCAUCACCUAUUUUGACUCGCAGCGUACCCUAAACCGCCGCUGCCCUAAGCAUAUUGCCAAGUAUCUACAGGCAGAGGCAGUGAAAAAAGACCGGCUGGAUUUUCACCAGGGCUGGAAAGGUUACUUCAAGAUGAAUGUGGCUAGGCAGAAUAAUGACAGUGAUUGUGGUGCCUUUGUGUUGCAGUACUGCAAGCACCUGGCCCUGUCUCAGCCAUUCAGCUUCACCCAGCAGGACAUGCCCAAACUUCGCCGGCAGAUCUACAAGGAGCUGUGUCACUGCAAACUCACUGUGUGAGCCUCUUAUCCCAGGCCUCAAGCCCAUUCGUUAAUGGGUAGGGGAAUAUGGGAGACCCUUUCUUCCCAAGAAACUCCAGUUCCUUUCCUCUCUUGCCUCUGCCCAUCCAAUUCCCCUUGGUUUUUUCAUAUUUAAAUGUUUGGAUUUCUGUAUUUUUUUUUUUCUUUGAGAGAAUACUUGUUGAUUCCUAAUGUUCAAGGGGUGGCCAUGGAAAAGCCCCAUUCCCCCUGUCUGUAGGGGACUAUGGUCUUGUGACCUGGAUGGGGCAGUCAUCCCCCUUCCAUGUGCUGGCGGGGGAGGGUGUUUUAAGAAAAUCUGUACUUGGGGUGGUGGGCGGGCAAUGGGAUUACUGCCUGCCAGAUCUUCAAACUUUUUUUUAUAUAUAUAUAUAUAUAAAUGCCACGGUCCUGCUCUGGUCAAUAAAGGAUCCUUUGGAGAUA